AGAGUUCCGUACGGAGUAUCCCACGCGUCCUUGUUGCUUAGCGCGCUGUUUUCUUCGGCCCUCCUACUUUUUCCUAUCGAUCAAGAGAAACCAGUUUACUCUCCUCCUCACCUUUACCUAGCAUCCAUCCGCCUGUCUGCUUCCCGGAAGUAGAAGCAACAAUCUUGGCCACAACGGAAAAGCUUGGAACGACUCGCGCGGCAUCACACGUCAACGAAUAUGGGAUGGUGUCUUUGACUUCAGUCAUACCUUUCUAGAUAAUCUUGUCUACGGAAAGCCUCAUAUCGUACCGGCUUUCCCUGCGCACCUUCCGCGCUCCGGUUUCAUUUCAAGAUGUCAAAUCAACCGCCUCCCCAAUUUGGUGGCCACCCAAGCUACGCGCAACAAUGGCCGCUGCCAUUUCCCUCGAUGAUACCCUCAAACUUUGCAUCGAACUCGGAAUCACAAGCUGCAGGACCACCCCCCUUACUCGAUACUUCGCAAGCUUUUGAGUAUAGCCUUGGCAGCACCAAUGCAAACUCGCGCCUCCUAGCUCAGGGCAACUCUGGCGACCCGAGCAUCUUUCUACCUCCUCAGUUCCCAUUCAUGGGCCAGAUUGACCUAUCUCAGUUUGUACCGCCGUUCCCCCAAAUGCCUCUUCCCCCAUUCGGGUUUCCACCCAUGCCAGCGCCGCCAGGGUCCUCCACCAUUCGACCAGUGUCCAUGAAAUCUCAAGGAGCCGUCGCAACCAACCCGUCCAGUUCUCAGAGUCGAGUCAGAGACGUUCAGAGCUCAUCGAGCUCGAAUCGCGAAGAGGGUGAAGUUAGCGAAGGCGAGAUCGGGCAACAUGUCAAUGGUACAAAAACUAAGGCGAGCCGCGCAUCUGCUGCUCUACCCGCGAGCUUCGAAGAGGGCGAGACAUUCUCUUCACAGUCAUCCGCUUCGACCAGAAGUAGCUCGCCCUAUAAUCCCCCUCUGUCGGUUUCUGCGGACGCAGAAGUGGUCAAUCGCGCAAUAGAGCUGCAGAAGCAGAAUGCAACGACACCAAAGUUGGAUAGUUCGCCACCUUCCAAAUCUGCGGCGCAGCUCCGUGUUCAAGCUCAGGGGGCUCUGCUCAGCCUAGCGCCUCACAACAUUCGGUAUAACGAGUUGGUGGCCGAGGGUAUCAAUCCAGCUGUCUUGAAACAACUAUAUGAAGAGGUCGGUAUCAGAGUCGCGACUCCCCGGCCUGUAAAUCCGGCAACGGUGGCGCCGGCUGAGAAAAUUGCGAAGCCCGAACUUCCUGUGCAAGUCCACAGACCAAAAGAGACGACUCAACCCGACAAGAACAAGAUCCCACAACUGCCUGCUGCCAGCGCUACGCCUUCUGAUUCUGGCAAGCCCUUGGAAAGAAAGGAGCUCAUUGCUCAAAUGCUUGCUGCUAAAGCUGCAAAGGCUUCUCAGCCCACCACGCCUAAGGAAGUUUCAGAAGGAAGUCAACCACCGGCAGCUGCACCCAGUCCAUCGACUACCCCUUCCAGUGAGAAGACCAAGGAGAAUGGAGCGCCUCUAAAGGAGAAAAACAAGGCUCAAACAGAGUUAGCUCGUCAGCGAAUUGAGGCUCUCAAGAAACAAGCAUUGUUGAAAAGUCAACAAAAGGCUCAACUGCUUAGCCAGGCUUCCCAAGAGGAGAAGCCUCUGAUGUCUACGGGUCCUUCUCUACCGGCAGUCCAUCAUCCCCUUCCUGUCCGCCCACCUGCUCCACAUCCUUCUGAAUCGGCUGGAAUUCCAGGUCUUUCUUUGACGGAAUUAAAUCCAGAGGUAGAAUCUCAAUCUUCCAGCGGAGGAUCAUCGGGUAUUGCAGUUGACUCAACUCCAUUAGCCAGGGCCAACCAGCGCAAACGGCCCCGAGCGUCUGACUUUGAUGAUGCAGGCGCCAUCUCAAAGAAGCAUUACCAAGUGCCCGCACCGUAUAUGAGUCGCGAUUCAGAUAAACUUAUCAUUCAUAUCAGUGACGACGAAUCUCUAUACGGAGAUGACGAAGGCGAGGAUAUGGAUGUAGAUUCUAGUCCGGACCAAGAUUCCGCACUUGCGACUAUCAGCACGCCUCUUGAAGUUCCUCGACUUCAACUUCAGAAAUCCGUCCCAGGUACAAGGGCUUCUACCUCUACCCCGCAAGCCCCAACACGUCCCAGCGAUCAAGAGCAAAUGCGCCAGAAGAAUCUUGAAAUUCAAGCUCUACAUCGCAAGAUUGCCGAGAUGGAGGAGCGACGAAAAGCAAAGCUUGCGGCGAGCCGCACUCAAUCUCCACGCAUUUUGGAAGAUUCGGCUCCUGCAUCUGCAGAUCUUGUCGGGACACCACCAGCACCCCCAGCCACCGAUGUCAGGGAAGCAAAGGAGCCAAAUACUACACCCAGGGUAGCCCUUGGCGUUCGACUCAACGUGAUUGAUUCUUUCAGUCCUUCGUCAAUAAGAAUCUUGGCUUCAAUGAAAAGCGCACAGUUAAAUAGUCUCAGAUGCAAGAUUUUGCGCAUCGGGGAGAUCGAGCAGGGCCUUUCCGACUUGGAUGCUGAAACUGCGUUCUCCGACUCCGACCUUGUCUCGUGCAAGGAAGAAGCUGACAGGUUCUUGUGUGGUAUUACCGACGAGAAGGAGGCACGAAUGCAACUCAUUGAUGAACUGAAGAAUUUGAGCUACGACUUAAACGGAUUGACCAUGGCGGACAUGGACGAACUUUGUCGACAGGCGGCGUCGAGGCAGCAACACCUUGCCGCACGAGAAGCAACCACACAGUCAGUCGCAGAUUCAGAGGACAUCGUGAUUCCAGAUGCGGAUGCCCCAGUAGCUGCCAAAGAAGAAGUCGCAGCUGUCUUGGCCUCUCAUUCUUCUGAAUCGGAUUUUUAUGCUGAUGAGCCUACAAAUGUUGAUACCGUGAAGGGCCUGAAUGAGGCCCCAGCACCUGCUCAACCCGAUGCCACCUGUUCUGUCCUGGAUGAGUCUGAGGAUCAUUCUAGCUCGGACGAUUCUAGUUCUAGCGACUCUGAUUCCGGCGGCUCUGGCUCUGACGACUCUGUUUCUGUUUCUGGCGAAUCUCGUUCCCACGAAGAUUCAGCUAGUGAAGAAGAAGUUGAGGCGUCAGAUGCCGAGGCCAUAGUGGACACGGCUCAGACAGUGGACGAUGACCAGAUGCAAAUCGACAUCACAGAUCAUCCUGUGCCUGACCGCCCACCCGUUCAUGCGAUUGAAAAGGAAGCUGGAGAUGUCGAAGACGACGCCCACGACAUUGAUGAGGAGGAACCCGAAAGCGAAUCCGAAAGCGAAUCCAAAGGCGAAGCUAAAGCCAAAGCUGAAGCCGAAGCUGAAGACGGGCCUGAAGACGAGGAAGACGAGGAAGACGAAUACGAACCUACUGACCACAAUGACCAGGAGGGGGACUUGUCCGAUGCCGAAUCUUCUGCUGAGUCGGAAGCUUAUGAACCUCCAGAGCCGGAAACUGGCGCGGAAUCGCCUCGCUCGACCUACAGCCCUCCGCCCCCUGCUUCCCUGGAAGAUACUGCAGAUUUGCAGCCUCUGCUUGAUGCGUCUCAAAUUGACAAACCACUAACGGAGACCCCUCGAGUGACCUCUCUAGAGGCAAGGCCAGUAUAUCAGGGGUCGGAUGCGGAUAUCCUUGGUGUUAAAUCUUCGCCCAAAACCUCAGUGCCAAAUUUUUCUCCCUACGUCAGUCCCUUGCGACACUUCAAGGCCUAUCGCUACCACCCUCGCUAUACCGAAGAGGUUUCGGACGGCUACCGUUCGCUGACUUACAGUCAUGACAUUGAUCCGAUGAAACAUCUUUGCCCAUUCGAAUUGGCCGGUGGCGUGUGCAAUGAUCGGUCCUGUGAAUUUCAGCACUUCCGGGACAUGAGUCUAAGCGAUGACAAGAUCCUUAUUCAAAUGGGAUCGGUCCGAGAAGGACAAACCGAAGAAGAAAAAGAAACCUACCUCGCCGGGUUGAAAGAGAUUAUCAACGAGAUGCGGCGUGACAAGGUGAAAGAUUUCAGCACUGUCGCUUCUGAGAUAGCCGCAUACCGUAGGCGCUUUCUUCAAGACCCAUCGCGAGUCUUACCCCUGUAACAUUUCACAAUUCUUCCAUCACACUAUGGCCUCUCAUAAAAUGAGUGAACAUCUUGAAAGGUGAGCUGGCAUUCCUCCUUGCGUUCUGGUGAGCGCAUCCUGCCAACUCGGCCGGCGAGCAAUCGCCAAGCUUUUGUUAUCCAACAUCAACCACUUCUCUUUUGCGAUACCCCCUUCGCAUGUCCCACGGCUGGACUCCGAGGCAUUUCGUUGACUCACUUUCCCUCCACCUUUUUUCUUAUGCAUGCAUUAUUAGCCCGCUCGGCGUUUUCCUGCAUUUGAACCACAGUCCGGCUUUCGAGCAACUGCGGUAAUUUUGACUCGCUCUGGAUCAGCUCCUGAUAUUGGUCGAUUUUUCUGCAUCCUAAGCUUCUGUGGCUCGCGGUGAACCGGCGUUGAGGAUAUAUACAUCUUUUACAGCUGUUGGUCGUAACUUUGCUCUUCAGCUUCGGUGAUUACGAGGAGCCGCGCAACUUACCCGAGCUUCUCAUGACGCUGAUAUGGUUUCCUUAAAUAAAUUUCUUUUCAUUUGGAACGUGGAGGGUGAAUGAGUAUGAUUCGCCGGUCGAUGGAUCCUUUUCCAGCACAUAUUCAUAGCAACAGUGAACAUGUUUUCAAUCUUCAGAACAACCUUCCCUAGUCACCAAAUGCUGUGUACGAGUCAUAAAUCGGACCAGUCCGAAGUUAUGUGACACUGGCCC